CCGACACCUUUCUCUCAAAAACAACUCCUCCAAUACCAUCUCUUUUCCCACCUCUCCCUCUCCCCUUCUUCUUGAAUAGUUCCAAGAUACCCCACACACAUUCCAAUAAUACCAAUUAUUAAUUGCAGCAGUUGUUGUUGGAUCGAUUCAAAGUUAAAAUCAAAUCACUUUACGAACAAAGGAAAAAGGUGGAAGAAGAAGAAGAAGAAGAAGAGGAGGAGGCAUUAAUUUGAAGAAUCCAUUGCUUUGGCAUUUUACUAUAGGAGAAAAUGGCGGAUAUUCUACUGGGAUCUCACACUAUAAAAUCGCAUGGCGCCAAAGUAGCACGGUUCCACAUGUAUGAUUGGAUUAUACUUGUACUUCUCGCAGUAAUUGACGGACUAUUAAACAUAAUAGAACCAUUCCAUCGCUUUGUCGGAAAGGACAUGAUGACAGAUCUGAGAUACCCGAUGAAAAGCAACACGGUGCCAUUCUGGGCUGUUCCGAUCAUUGCCAUCAUAUUGCCUUUCUUUAUCUUCAGCGGGAUUUACCUUAAAAAGAGAAAUGUGUAUGAUUUGCAUAACGCCAUACUAGGCCUUCUUUUUUCUGUGCUUAUAACUGCGGUAAUCACGGAUGCAAUUAAGGAUGGCGUUGGUCGCCCGCGACCUGAUUUCUUUUGGCGCUGUUUUCCCGAUGGCAAAGAUUUGUACGAUAAUUCCACAACAAGUGUUAUAUGCCACGGAGAGAAGAGUGUCAUCAACGAAGGUCACAAGAGCUUUCCAAGCGGCCAUUCUUCAUGGUCAUUCGCUGGUCUAGGAUUUCUUUCAUGGUAUCUAGCUGGGAAAAUAACAGCCUUUGAUCGCAAAGGCCACAUCGCGAAACUUUGCAUUGUUUUCCUGCCUCUGCUUGUCGCAUCUCUCGUGGCAGUUUCUCGAGUAGAUGACUAUUGGCAUCACUGGCAAGAUGUGUUUGCUGGAGGUCUUCUAGGACUUACGGUUGCUUCAUUUUGUUACCUGCAAUUCUUCCCGUCUCCUUUUGGUGCAGAUAGUUUCUGGCCUCAUGCAUUUACUCAGCAACUGGCAGAGAGGCGUAAUAAUAACAGUCAGGUCUCGUCUACCGUAAACGCUUAUAGUUCAAGGCCUCAGGAAAUCGAAACUGUUCGUGCUUCAACCGAAGAUCACAUUGGAAUCAACAUAUGAGAUACGAACCCGGUUCUGGAAUCUAUGGGAUCUGGCAACUGGGUUCUGUAAAUGCGGUGUAUUAUGCCACGGUGACCUCUAUGUUAGUAUUUGUGCCGAAAUGAGAAUACCACAAAUUUUUUUUUUUUCUCCUCUCUAGGUUUUGUACGUAGUCAAAUUAGUGUGUGAUCUUCUUAUCUUUAUUGUGUUUGGGUCGAUGUAUUUUUCCUCUUUUGUGUGAUGUGCUUAGUUCUUGAUGUGUUUUGCUUCUUUAGUAGUUGGGAUACAUGUGUGAUCUAUCCAUAAUGUGUGAUUUACUCGCGCAAUUUGUUUGGUUGGAUAUAGGCGAUUUGCUUCUUCAGCAUUCGAGAUUAAAGCACAUGCCGAAGCUUGUGAUAUUUCCGGUUUGUUACAUAUUUUGGUGAACAAAGAGGGGGAAUGAAGAUAGAUUGAAAUUCUUUUGAA